UUUAUCCAUACAGCUCACUUCAGGAUUACAAACGGUAUAAAUACUGGAAGCGCUCCACUCUCUGUUCAGUCUGCGCCAGCUCUCACUGUACCGUUACGCGCGGAUCACGGACACCCAGACAAGUUUCAUCUCGUUGUUUAAAAAGAGACUGACACGAAGUCAGACAGGAAAUUGUCAGCGCAGCACUCUUAGCUUUCCUGCGAAACUUUCUGGGAAUAAUCAGGACUAUGUCUGUGGUGAGCGCAGUGCCUUUCCUGAAGCCUCUCCACAUGCGCUCUCCGGUGCCUCAGGGCCGCCGCCACACGCUGCCGGCCAGCGAGUUUCGCUCACUCAGCCCGGAAGAUGCCAUCAGUGUGUUCGAGAUUGAAAGAGAAGCUUUCAUCUCUGUCUCCGGUGAGUGUCCUCUCCACCUGGACGAGGUGCGUCACUUCCUUACUCUGUGUCCUGAGCUGUCUCUUGGCUGGUUCGAGGAGGGACGGCUGGUGGCUUUUAUCAUCGGCUCACUGUGGGACCAGGAGAGGCUUACCACGGACGCCCUUACGCUCCACAAGCCUCACGGGACCACCGUUCACAUCCACGUCCUGGCCGUCCACCGGACCUUCCGCCAGCAGGGAAAAGGCUCCAUCCUGAUGUGGCGUUACCUGCAGUACCUCCGCUGCCUGCCCUACGUCCGCCGUGCCGUGCUCAUGUGUGAGGACUUCCUGGUCCCCUUCUACCAGAAGUCAGGCUUUAAAGUGCUAGGCCCCAGCAACAUCACAGUGGGACCCCUUAACUUCACAGAGAUGUUCUACCCCGUGAGGGGCCACGCCUUCAUGCGGCGCAACAGUGGCUGCUGAAGACACAGAGACUCGAUGUGGAUUCUCUAUAGCUGUGAAUGGAGGUGAAGACCCCUGAGAAACUGGGAACAGGGGUCACGUGAUGAGCGGUGCAGUGAGUGUUUGUGAUCAUCGCUGUCUAUGAGUGAAGCCUGUUUGUUUGGCAGGAAGGCAGGUGUGAAUUCUGACCCGGAGUCUACACAGAGCCAAAAACAGAGAGAUGUCGACAGCAGCGGUUUGCGAAAGUGUCCUGAAAGUAAGCUUUGAUUUGCAUUUUAGUGAGUUUGUUACACAAAAACCAAAAUCCCAAAUCUUUAUUUUGAUAAACGCUGGACAUUUAUUAAUUGUGUCCAACAGAGAACUGCUGCCUUCUUUAUUUCUUUUCUUCUUUUUUUAAAGUUUAAAUAAAACUAACUCCUUUAGUAAUUCUCCAAUAAUAUGUAACAGCUGUACAGUUAAAAUGACAAAGGAGGGAUAUCAGCAAGGCUAAAUACUAACAUUUAAUUUAUAUUAAGACUUCAGUGAUCCCGUGACUGACCGUUUAUAAAUCGGACGUGUGGCACUUUAAAAGUCUGUCUUCUUUAUGGUCUUGUCAACUUUUUCUUGUAGACAGCCACCAUUUUUGCCUCGGAGUCUUAAAUCAAGACAAACUCAUUUUUACACUGUUUUGUUCUAAUAAAAGUUUUAUUUUCUAACCUCUCUGUCUUCAUAUGUUAUUUACAUUUUUAAUUACUGCUGAACAUGGAAGGGGGAUGUUCAUUUUUACAUUUUUCUGGGCUUGCUGAGGACCAGAGUGUCUGAAAAACUGACAUUUAAAGUUUGUUCUUGACCGAAGAAAACAGCAGCUGAGGAAACAUCUCUGAAGCUUUCAGCCUUCAAUAAAUGUCAAACUCAUUUUACAACAAAGGCCAUAUACAACCAAGUGACGACUGAAACUCCACUUUCUGUCAGUGAAAAGAUACUUAACUACACAUUUAAUCCCUGUGAUAUCUUAAACAACAGGAAGUUUUUCUUAUUUAAUUGUUAAUCUAUUACUUAGUUGUAGUAUAAAUGGCUGUGGGGGAUUCUAUCAGUAGAAAAAGAUGUAAAAUGUAUAAAAAUUACAGUUAAAAAAAAAGGUCCAAAAAUGUACACUCUCCUUCAUAUUUUCCAAAGCUGUCCUGCAGGCCGGAUUGGAGUCUUUGCCAGGCCAAUACUGUCCCCCUGCACUAAUAUAUAAAUAAAAAUAAAAAAAUCAAGUAAUCUCUAUAAGUCUUCCUUUUCUCCACAUACAUCUACAGCAGUUCAUCAUAUGAUGGGUGUAUUGCUGGGGAGUAAGUACAGUCAGGUUUGGGAAAACAUGAAAUCAAACUACUCACAAACGUAUUGUUGACAGUGUAAUGUAUUUUCACAUGGCUGCUUCAAUACACAUAAUUUCACAUAUAACAGUACCGUGAACAUCUCCUCUAAUUAAUUUUAGCAUUCCCCUUUUGUUCCAAUAAAUAGGGGGGGGGAAAAAGGUGACAUUAUUUGGUCCCGAUGCACAUGCAGCUGGCUGUACAGCUGCUGCAUACAGACAUGAUGGUGGAAGUGGCUUGUUGUGUUUCAUGUUAAACAUUCACAUGCACACAUGUCAAAAGGCACAGUAAAGGUUUCCUUAAAAGAAGAAGGAGAAGAAGAAAAAAAGAAA